AUACAAACAAAAUAAUGAAAUCAAACCUUAAGCACUCUUUCAAAAUGAAAUGUGAUUUUGGUUGUACGUCUCUUCAUGCUGGGUUUGCACCACUGAAGUCUACUGUGGAGAAAACAAGACUGGAAAAAUCCAGCUCCUUGAAUUAUGAGGAGGGCUUUUGUAAAAGGUGUGCUGAAGAGCAUCAGAAAAUACUCCUUAGUGACUCAUACCAUGUGGCCAGCAGAAAUCUAACUCCUGAAGAUGAAGGAAGACCUGUACAUAACAAAGAAAACAAACAAGUAAGCCAGAGACUUGAUGAAGGUAUCUAUGAAACAGAGGCCCUGGAAAACAGUAAAUUUAAUGAGGACAGUGGUUAUUCCUCUAUAUUAAGUAAUCAAUACACUGAUGCAAUAGAACAUGAGGAUAUUAUACCUUUGGCUGGGAAUCUCUGCGGAACACCAAUGCAUUGCCUCAUGAAGAACCAAAACCAAACACAGCUUUCAAAGAAAACUUUGUUGCCAGUGAUCCAUUAUGAAGAAAUGAUUUGCUCAACUUUGAAAAAAAGUGGUAAAAGAAAUCUUAAGUCUUGGGCUGCAGUAGACAAAAUUGCUUUUAUGGGAAAGGUUGAACUUUGCAACCUAAUUGGAAAGAAAAUGGGAUUAGAUAAAAUAGACAUUCUUGCUGAACUCUUCCAAAAGGACCUGAAGCAUAUAUUAGCAAACAUUUUAAGGCACCUUGGUGAGAUGGAUUUAAUCAAUUUUGCCAAAGUCAGCGCAACAUGGCAGAAAAUUCUACAAGAAGAUAAAUGGAUUUUCCAAAUGUAUAGUAAAGCUGUGAAAAACCUUUCUAAUGGCACUAAGGCACCAGAGCAUGCUGCAACAAGGGAUUAUGUUCUCUACCGAGCAGCUUUAGCUUCCAUUCAGAAAGCAACCCCACCAAACAACUUGAAUAAAAAAGGCACCAGAUCCAAAGCAUCUAAGAAUCACAGCAGGCUGAUGGAGUUUUCUGAGGCUGCCAAGACCUUGAAGAAUACUGAAAGCCUUAAAGUCUGCCACCGCUGUGGCUCCCCUGCAAAGUAUGACUCCUAUCUACAAAGAGCAACAUGCAAUCGUGAAGGUUGCGGCUUCGACUUUUGCACAAAAUGCAUGUGCAGUUACCAUAGCUCCAGUGACUGUGUGAGUGGCAAACCAGUGAAACCCAGCUCAAAGCUAGAACUGCUUCCUGGGACUAAGAAAAGCAAACGGAAUCUACAGCGAUUGUGA